AUGGGGGCUUGCACCAGCUGUUGUGAUAGUGAAGAAUCAGGAACCGGAGGAGAACCAAACGAAAGAACACAUUUGCUCGUUGAUCCUGUUAGUAAUACACCCAAUAAUUUACAUAGGGUGCAUAGCGAUGAAUUUGUGCCAGGUUAUAAUAAUUUAUUGCCGAAAAAUGAUGAACUUUCUGCCCUUACCAAAAUAUUAAAUGAAACAGCUAAUAGUGUAAUCGAUGUGUCUGCAUUGGAUUCUCACGAUUUAGAACAGCAUGAAUAUUAUGAGAGGAUGAAAGCAUACAAAGCAAGAUUAAAUGGUUUAGUUAAAUGGUCACCCCCUUAUCAGUACAAAAAUUUGUUAACUGAGGUGCCUGUUCCGGAAAAAGUAUUAGCUUCGGAACCAAUUUCGGAGGCUAAUCUAUUAAUGAUAACAAAUACUGUUAAAAAAUUAACAGAAGCUUUAUCAUCUGUUUGUGUUGAGCACAAGGAAGAUUUAGUAGUACCAUUUAGAAUUCCUUAA